GUGAAUAGGUGUUUUUGUCGUUGUUAGCACGACAGCCAGAGUCAGACAAUAACAAUAAGUACAUAGGAGGUUAUGUUUUCCUUUGCUAAUUGAGUAUUUUGGCAAUAAUAUGUAAAACAUACACCAGACAGCUGUUAAAAUUUACUGGAUUCCGUUAAAGUUUUGUCGCAGUUCUCGUCAUGACCAAAAGAUGCAUUGUCUGUCAGUGUUCAAGAAAUCUGCGAUUCCACGAACUUCCUAGUGACGCCACCCUGAGGGAGCAAUGGCUUGCCAUUGUACCCAGUGAUGAAGUGUUUGGAGAAAACCCAAAAGUAUGUGAGCUUCAUUUUGAUCCCUCUAAUUAUGAGCCACACUGUAAAAGAAGAAUUUUAAAGCGGGAUGUUGUUCCAUUAGUUAUUCCUCGUCAAGAGCUAGAAGCUGCAGCUGCGCUAAAAGAAUCUGCGCUCAAAGAAGAAGUGGCGCUUAAGAAAGCUGCACUGCAAAAAGUUGCUCUGAAAGAACUUGAUCUGCAGACUGUAGAGGGUAAUUCAGAUGUAUCUGUGGAUGGCCCCAGUUGUAGUAUUCAAGAGAAAUCCUUAGGUCUCAAGAAACUCAAAUCCCAGCUUCAUAAAGUUGGGCUCAAAAUACAGACUCCAAAAACAGUUGGUAAAGUAACAAGAAAAUUUGAAAUUCUUAAAGCACAACUCGGACAUCUGAAAGAGGAUAAUAGGGAAAAAACAAGUAAAAUCAAGUCUUUAUGCUCUGAACUGAAGGAGCUAAAAUCUCUCUCUUUUCGUCAAGCAUCUGAAGUUCGAAAUAGAGAUAAAUCCCUUCGCCAAAUGCAAGCUAAAGUUAGGCAGUUAGAAAGGCUUGUUAAUGCAAAAGAUCUAGGAACUAGUAAUGUCAAAGAAAAAAUUGAGAAGGAGAAAAGGGAGAAAGAGGAGCAAUUGAAGAAAAUACGCAAUCUAAAAGAUCAAGUUGAAUUAUUGUCCACUGAGAGAAAGGAAAUGGAACAAAUUUGUUACUAUAAAAACAUAGAGGAAAUGAUACUAAAUAUGGACACUGAUAGAAAGGCUGCUUUCAUUUUAGAUCAAAUUAAAAUGUACAACAUGAAAGUUCCUAGAUAUUCAGAUUCAACUCUCCAAGAAUGCAUUAUUUGGGAAGACACUGAUCCAAGAGGUUAUCAAUUUGUGCGGGAAAGUGAACUGUUAACCCUACCGUCCCAAAAUACUAUGAAAAAGCACUUAGGACCUAUGGAUUUGGAAAUAAAUUUAAAUAAAACCUUUAAUUUUCAAUCAAACAAACCUCCAGAUGUUGCUAUCUAAGCAGUUGUUUAAUUGUAUAAGCUACUAUGAAUAUUUGCUCAAAAUGAACCCUUUGUUUUCUGUCUAAAUUUAUUGUCUAAGUCUCAUUACUAAAUAGCAUUUGGUAUAAUUAGUCUUUAAAUAAACAGUCUUUUUUUUUUCUAUCAUGUAAUCUGUUCCAUUAGUCACCUUUUGAUAUUGUUGAGUUACAACUAGUUACAAUCAUGUUAUUUUUCAUAUUUUUUUUUUUUGUGCAAUGCAUUGCCAUUUGUUCCCGUUAUCUUAUUAUUAAUGUCUAUCAUGAUGAAUAAAAUUAUUUGUUUUUGUUGCCUCA